UGCCUGCAGCAGUCACUUUAAAUGAGGAGAUAUAUAUGGUGAAUACUACUUCCAUCACUGCAUCAUGGAGCAUGCCCUAUGGUAUAGUGGAUUACUAUGAAGUCUCCUGUUCCAAUGGAGUUGCUUCAACAGACAAGGUCUACGCCUCAGAAUACCUAAUAGCAUCUUGUACUGGCCUAAAUCCUGGAGGAAACUAUACCAUAUCAGUUACUUCAGUCAGCAGUGACAUACGCAGUGAGACAGACACCAUCAAAAUCACUUCAUAUCCAAACAGUGCAGUUCUGAGAUCUAGUGAAAUCACAACGAGACAGAUAACUGUACAGUGGGAUGAUCCGGAGGGAGAAGAAGAUUACUUCAUUGUAGACUGUGGUGCUGAUUGGAGCACUGAAUUCAUUCUCAACCAUGAUCAUGGAACAGACAACACUUUUGAAGCAACUUGUAAUGUAUCGAUGGCUGGAGCUCCCUAUGACAUUACUGUGACCAGUGUGAGUGGGGAUAAAGAGAGCUCUGUCACUCAGACCUUUACAGCAGCAACUCCAGACGAAGUAACCUUUGAGGACAGUUCAUCAAACACAACAUCAGUUACUGUUACCUGGAAUGUAUUAACUGGAGCUGAUUGGUUUAGAGUUGAAUGCUCUGAUGGCUACCCAUUCCCUGACUAUUAUCUUCCUGGUUCAGCUACUGAGGUGACUUGUAAUUGGGUUACACCAGGGCGCAAUCACUCAAUUAGUGUUAUCACACAGGAAAACAAUGGAGAGAGUCCAUCCAUGGUCGUGUACAUUGUUGCAGUGCCUGCAGCAGUCACUUUAAAUGAGGAGAUAUACAUGGUGAAUACUACCACCAUCACUGCAUCAUGGACCAUGGCCUAUGGUAUAGUGGAUUACUAUGAAGUCUCCUGUUCUAAUGGAGUUGCUUCAACAGACAAGGUCUACGCCUCAGAAUACCUAAUAGCAUCUUGCACUGGCCUAAUUCCUGGAGGAAACUAUACUAUAUCAGUUACUUCAGUCAGCAGUGACAUACGCAGUGAGACAGACACGGCCAUCACAAUCACUGCAUAUCCAAACAGUGCAGUUCUGAGAUCUAGUGAAAUCACAACGAGACAGAUAACUGUACAGUGGGAUGAUCCGGAGGGAGAAGAAGAUUACUUCAUUGUAGACUGUGGUGCUCAUUGGAGCACUGAAUUCAUUCUCAACCAUGAUCAAGGGACAGACAACACAUUUGAAGCAACUUGUAACAUAUCGAUAGCUGGAGCUUCCUAUGACGUUACUGUGACCAGCGUGAGUGGGGAUAAAGAGAGCCCUGUCACUAUGACCUUUACAGCUGCAACUCCAGACGUAGUAACCUUUGAGGACAGUUCAUCAAACACAACGUCAGUUACUGUCACCUGGAAUGUAUUAACUGGAGCUGAUUGGUUUAGAGUUGAAUGCUCUGAUGGCUACCCAUUCCCUGACUAUUAUCUUCCUGGUUCAGCUACUGCGGUGACUUGUAAUUGGGUUACAUCAGGGGGUAAUCACUCAAUUAGUGUUAUCACACGCGAAAACAAUGGAGAGAGUCCAGCCAUAGUCGUGUACAUUGUUGCAGUGCCUGCAGCAGUCACUUUAUAUGAGGAGAUAUAUAUAGUGAAUACUACUUCCAUCACUGCAUCAUGGACCAUGCCCAAUGAUAUAGUGGAUUACUAUGAAGUCUCCUGUUCCAAUGGAGUUGCUUCAACAGACAAGGUCUACGCCUCAGAAUACCUAAUAGCAUCUUGCACUGGCCUAAAUCCUGGAGGAAACUAUACUAUAUCAGUUACUUCAGUCAGCAGUGACAUACGCAGUGAGACAGACACCAUCACAAUCACUACAUAUCCAAAAAGUGCAGUUCUGAGAUCUAGUGAAAUCACAACGAGACAGAUAACUGUACAGUGGGAUGAUCCGGAGGGAGAAGAAGAUUACUUCAUCGUAGACUGUGGUGCUGAUUGGAGCACUGAAUUCAUUCUCAACCAUGAUCAAGGGACCGACAACACUUUUGAAGCAACUUGUAACGUAUCGAUGGCUGGAGCUCCCUAUGACAUUACUGUGACCAGCGUGAGUGGGGAUAAAGAGAGCCCUGUCACCGGGACCUUUACAGCAGCAACUCCAGACGUAGUAACCUUUGAGGACAGUUCAUCAAACACAACGUCAGUUACUGUCACCUGGAAUGUAUUAACUGGAGCUGAUGGGUUUAGAGUGGAUUGCUCUGAGGGUGUCCCAUCCCCUGACUAUUAUCUUCCUGGUUCAGCUACUGAGGGGACUUGUAUUUGGGUCACACCAGGGCGCAAUCACUCAAUUAGUGUUGUCACCCUGGAAAACAAUGGAGAGAGUACAGCUAUGGUCGUGUACAUUGUUGCAGUGCCUGCAGCAGUCACUUUAUAUGAGGAGAUAUAUAUGGUGAAUACUACUUCCAUCACUGCAUCAUGGACCAUGCCCAAUGGUAUAGUGGAUUACUAUGAAGUCUCCUGUUCCAAUGGAGUUGCUUCAACAGACAAGGUCUACGCCUCAGAAUACCUAAUAGCAUCUUGCACUGGCCUAAAUCCUGGAGGAAACUAUACUAUAUCAGUUACUUCAGUCAGCAGUGACAUACGCAGUGAGACAGACACCAUCACAAUCACUACAUAUCCAAAAAGUGCAGUUCUGAGAUCUAGUGAAAUCACAACGAGACAGAUAACUGUACAGUGGGAUGAUCCGGAGGGAGAAGAAGAUUACUUCAUCGUAGACUGUGGUGCUGAUUGGAGCACUGAAUUCAUUCUCAACCAUGAUCAAGGGACCGACAACACUUUUGAAGCAACUUGUAACGUAUCGAUGGCUGGAGCUCCCUAUGACAUUACUGUGACCAGCGUGAGUGGGGAUAAAGAGAGCCCUGUCACCGGGACCUUUACAGCAGCAACUCCAGACGUAGUAACCUUUGAGGACAGUUCAUCAAACACAACGUCAGUUACUGUCACCUGGAAUGUAUUAACUGGAGCUGAUGGGUUUAGAGUGGAUUGCUCUGAGGGUGUCCCAUCCCCUGACUAUUAUCUUCCUGGUUCAGCUACUGAGGGGACUUGUAUUUGGGUCACACCAGGGCGCAAUCACUCAAUUAGUGUUGUCACCCUGGAAAACAAUGGAGAGAGUCCAGCUAUGGUCGUGUACAUUGUUGCAGUGCCUGCAGCAGUCACUUUAAAUGAGGAGAUAUACAUGGUGAAUACUACCACCAUCACUGCAUCAUGGAGCAUGCCCUAUAGUAUAGUGGAUUACUAUGAAGUCUCCUGUUCCAAUGGAGUUGCUUCAACAGACAAGGUCUACGCCUCAGAAUACCUAAUAGCAUCUUGCACUGGCCUAAAUCCUGGAGGAAACUAUACUAUAUCAGUUACUUCAGUCAGCAGUGACAUAAGCAGUGAGACAGACACCAUCACAAUCACUACAUAUCCAAACAGUGCAGUUCUGAGAUCUAGUGAAAUCACAACGAGACAGAUAACUGUACAGUGGGAUGAUCCGGAGGGAGAAGAAGAUUACUUCAUUGUAGACUGUGGUGCUCAUUGGAGCACUGAAUUCAUUCUCAACCAUGAUCAUGGGACAGACAACACUUUUGAAGCAACUUGUAAUGUAUCGAUAGCUGGAGCUUUCUAUGACAUUACUGUGACCAGCGUGAGUGGGGAUAAAGAGAGCCCUGUCACUCAGACCUUUACAGCAGCAACUCCAGACGUAGUAACCUUUGAGGACAGUUCAUCAAACACAACGUCAGUUACUGUCACCUGGAAUGUAUUAACUGGAGCUGAUUGGUUUAGAGUGGACUGCUCUGAGGGCUACCCAUCCCCUGACUAUUAUCUUCCUGGUUCAGCCACUGAGGUGACUUGUAUUUGGGUCACACCAGGGCGCAAUCACUCAAUUAGUGUUGUCACCCUGGAAAACAAUGGAGAGAGUCCAGCCAUGGUCGUGUACAUUGUUGCAGUGCCUGAAGCAGUCACUUUAAAUGAGGAGAUAUAUAUGGUGAAUACUACCACCAUCACUGCAUCAUGGACCAUGCCUUAUGGUAUAGUGGAUUACUAUGAAGUCUCCUGUUCCAAUGGAGUUGCUUCAACAGACAAGGUCUACGCCUCAGAAUACCUAAUAGCAUAUUGUACUGGCCUAACUCCUGGAGGAAACUAUACUAUAUCAGUUACUUCAGUCAGCAGUGAUGAACGCAGUGAGACAGACACCAUCACAAUCACUGCAUUACCAGAGGCUGUUGAACUUUCCGAGGGUGAGUCUAACAUUACAGCCAUCUCAGCUACAUGGACAGUCCCUGACAGUGUGGUGGAUACCUUCAAGAUCACGUGCUCCGAUGGUACUGCCUCCCCAGCAUCUAUUCCUGUGCACAGUAGUCAUUGCGGGCAGCAGUUGACGGCUUACUGCGUAGGGUUAACCAAACCUAGAGAACAGUACGACCUCUCGGUGGUUGCUAUUAGCAACAACAAGCCGAGUGCAGUCAGCACCAUCACAGUCUUUGCACUGCCCCUUGGAGUGGACCUCGAGGAAGGACCUUCGACCCUGACAUCAGUUAACGCAUCCUGGAUGAGGCAGAACGACACGGUAGAGAGGUACAGGAUCGCGUGUAGCCGUGGAGACGCAUUCCCAUCCACCAUCGAAGACACCGAUCAAGAAUUGUUCUCAGCAGCCUGUGUGAACCUGCCAGGACCAGGGGAGACCUAUGGCAUGACUGUUUACAGUGAAGUGGGCACAGGCUCAUCCUCUUACAGCACCAGAGCUUCGAGUCUUAUCUACCUGGUUGCAGUGCCUGAGUCGGUUGAAAACAUCUCUGUCAGCCAAUACACCACAACUACUGUCGAUGUACAGUGGCAUCUCAAGCAGUGGUCGGGCUGCGUCUUCGACUAUUUUCUGUUGACCUUUGAACCCGACAGUCAGGAACCAAUCAGAGUAGAUUACAUGACUGGUGUUAAUGAGUAUUCUUCUCAGAUGUCAAAUUUAACAGAGGGGAGGCACUAUAACUUCACUGUGGUGUCGGUGAGUGGGGUUGGUGUUGAAGACGCGACGCCAAAGACUAGCGAGGGGAAGAGUGUGGAUCAGAGAACAGUUCCUGCAACUCCAUCUGAGUUGAGCAUCGUGCCUGGUCAGCGGGAACUAAACCUGGUAUGGGCGUAUGCAGGAGAUGCAGAUGACUUUACCAUCACAGUCACACCUGAUCAUGGCAUAGCUGUGUUCAAUGGAGACUUCACUGACCCGGCAGCAGAGGUCACGGAUCUGAUUCCAGGGACAACAUAUGACAUUGCCAUAAUAACCGUCAGUGGCGAUGAGAGGAGUGAACCUAUAACUCAAACUGCCAGGACUCGACCUUACAGUGAGUUUAAACAUUCUCUCCUUCUCGUUCUUCUUUCCUCAACUCCUUUCUAAAUCUAAAACUACAGGUACACCAUAAUGUAGAAACAGUUCUGCAAACUGACUGAGUGAUCGCACAUAGAAUUGUUCCAGAGAUAACUCUUUUCUUCUUUCCUCAACUCCUUUCUAAAUCUUAAACUACAGGUACACUAUAUUCAGAAACAGUUCUGCAAACUGAUCACAUGUAGAAUUGUUCCAGAGAAGCCUAUUUUCUUCUUUCCUCAAUUCCUUUCUAAAUCUAGAACUGCAUGUAAACUGUAUGGAGAAACAGUUCUGCAAACUGACUGAGUGAUCACAUGUAGAAUUGUUCCAGAGAUGUCUAUUUUCUUCUUUCGUCAAUUCCUUUCUAAAUCUAGAAAUGCAUGUAAACUAUAUGGAGAAACAGUUCUGCAAACUGACUGAGUGAUCACAUGUAGAAUUCUUUCAGAGAUACCUCUUUUCUUCUUUCCUCAACUCCUCUGUUAAAUAUAGAUCUACAACAGCAAGUACAUUGUACAUGUAUAUCAUAUGUAGAAACAGUUCUGCAACCUGACUGAGUGGAUAUGUUCCAGAGAUGCCUGCCCUCUUUAUUAAUGGCACCCACCAGGUCUGGAGUCUCCUUGGACAUCACAUAACUCCAGACCAUACAGUCAUGACUGUUAUCCUCCAUGGUGUUGCCAUAAGAUAAUGUUUUCUGCGAAUGAAAGGAUUACUUUUACAGUGUACAUUUACUUUGAUGCUGUACUUUUCCAAUUGCAUUUUAUUUUCUACCUUUAGAGUUUUUGGUUAUGGGUUCAGAUAUUUUUGUAUCCACACAUGAUACAUGUACUCACUUUCUUUUUUUAAAUUAAACUAUUUGCGGGAGAAUAGGCAAUCCUGAACGUGAAGUGCCACUGCAUCACUGCUCAUGGCUAGCAAUCACCGAUCAGAUUCACGUUCUCGCUGCGGUGGAGACAAGAAAUUCCUUUGAUUCUAUAUCAUAAUAAUUCUGUCAAAAAAAAAACAUAUGCACAUGAUUUGUAAAUGUCGUCGGAUCCUUGACAACCCACGGUAAAUGCUUUCAAUAGUUCUUUUACAUCUGACAAUUAAGUUUGAAUAACAGAGCCACGCCCGGUUCCGGAAAACUAUCCCCAUGAGACCUCGACAACCUGGUUUGCUGGCUGUGGUGCUUUUCAGAGGCUUUAUUCAGCCAUGACAACUUUCGACCUUCUCUGUCAUCAUCACAAGAGAAGGUGAGUUUUUAUAGUAGAGAUAGAUUGUGAGAUAUACUCGGACAUCAACUUCCUAAACAAACAAAAUUCCUAACUUCUAAUUACAAUCAUAUUGGAUUUGUCCUCAUUUAUGUUUCUCGAGAAUGUGACAUAUUAAAGCACACAUCUAAAGGUAUUCGACAAAGGCUCUUAUUCAACAAAUCCACAUUUCAUUCUUUAGUUACGAAAAGCACAAACUACAUCAAAUUUACAAGGGAUAUGAACAGGGCUCAAAUUAAUUUUUUUGUCCACAGGGGCUCUUCCCUCCCAAAAAAGAGCGCCUGUGAGCCUUCUCACGGGGGCUCUUUUAGUACUGAAGGGGGCUCUUUUUUUAAUAAAAAAUUCUGUUGAAUUGGUAUCCAUGGUACUCCUAAAUUAUUUGCUAUUUCAUCUUUUAAUUUAUGUCGAAUUUUUCAUAAUUUCAAAUAUAAGAAUGAUGGAACGUAACAAGAAACCUCUUAUAUGUUUAAAAGAAUGAUUUCAAUGAGAAACGCUGUUCAAGUGAAUCUGGAUAUAUGGUCUUUUUACACAGGUGGUGGCUAAAGCAGCUUUGACUGUACUUGUUUCCUAAGCAGUACGGAUCAAUGUGCAUACAUGUAAUGUCCAUAUUCUCAUGGUUGCACAAGGUUUCUUCGGUAAGCAUGACCUAGAUAAAUAUAUCUGCAAUCAACGAUUUGUUUUAAGUCCCUACCUGAUCUAAGCUCAAUCUGAAAACAAGUUCAUUGAGGACUACAUUGAAGUCAUCCCGAGCUACCACACCGAUGUUUGCGUAGUCGAUCUUGGAGAAACGUUUUGCAAAGCGGUAGAAGCGUGCCUUGACAAGUUGUCAGAGCUCCUGCUUGAUUUCAUCAAUGGUGGGUGAGGAGUGGUUGUUGUUCUGGGCGUCACUCUUCUGAACUGAUUCGAUCCAGUUCCUAGCAAGCUGGAAAGAAGAUGCGAUUCAUAAUCAUUACUUUAAAAGUGUACCAAUUGCUUAUUUUCUCAUGCAGAAUAAUUUUUAUGUUUUAAGUUAUACAGGCCUGAUAAUUACCUGAUUUAAAUCA